AUGGAUGUACAACCUCACGGGGCCCCGUGUGGUUCCAGUCCACCUGCGGGAAUCGCUUCGAGGAAGCGAGGAAAAACAUCUAGUGACAGCGAGGACACCGAGCUGUGCUCCGCCUCAGGUGAAGAGUCCUCGAAAGACAGCUUUCAACCUGUACUGCACUGCAAGGCCAAACGAACGAUCAUGAACGCGUCUUCGGCGUCAAGUUCGAUCAUCGUGAAAACUGCGCCUCAACGAUGGCGUCCUUCCAUCCUGUUCGUGCCGCAGAACACAACUGACAAUCUACGCAUGCUCAACAGACAAGCACUCUCCUUGUAUCUAGGAAACAUCGUUCCGAAUGAGAUCAAGGAUGUCAGGCUGAAUACAAGGAAAACCACAUUCGCGAUCGAUAUGAUGAACCCGAGUGCGCUGAGCACAUUGCAGCAUAUAACACAGCUGGGCAACAUAGAAGUCCGAUCCAUCGUGCCCACUGAUGGUACCACUGUAACAGGAGUCAUUUAUGACAUCGACAACGAAAUUAUUCAUGCAGGCCUGCCAGUUCUCAUGAUACCAGCAAGUGAAAACAACGUAAUUGUGUACGUCGGCAACCUCGGCCACGGACGUUGUGUCAGGAUAACGUUCAAAGGCGACUGUCUUCCCUUCUACGUGAAGUGUCACACCCCCGGCGAUCAUCACAAAGAGCUAGUUGGGGGUGGCUCGUUGGAUGUAUACGUGCCAUUGCAGCAGCAGCAGCAGCAGCAGCAGCAGCAGCAGCAGCAGCAGCAGCAGCAGCAGCAGCAGCAGCAGCAGCAGCAGCAGCAGCAGCAGCAGCAGCAGCAGCAGCAGCAGCAGCAGCAGCAGCAGCAGCAGCAGCAGCAGCAGCAGCAGCAGCAGCAGCAGCAGCAGCAGCAGCAGCAGCAGCAGCCGCAGCAGCAGCAGCAGCAGCAGCAGCAGCAGCAGCAGCAGCAGCAGCAGCAGCAGCAGCAGCAGCAGCAGCAGCAGCAGCAGCAGCAGCAGGGUGGUCCUACCACCGCCCGGACCCGUGUCUAUCGUGAUCUCGAUGAGCGAGUGGUCGCUCCCCAAGUCCUGCUGCGUAUUUUGCCAGUGCGCUGGGGUCACAUUCGAUACGAACGCAAGGUCUGGUAG